AAAAGUUGUUACCCAAAAUAAAAAAAUUAUGUCCUUAUUAUUUAUAAUAUUUUUUGUACAAAUAUUAAAUGGAUAUGACCAAUUUUGUAUGGAAGACUUUCAACGUCGCCUUGUUUAUGUUCCAUACUAUGGGAGACAAAAUUGCAUUACAUACCAUGAAUUAAACUGUACAAAUAUCAAUAGCCUCUUCACCACUAAUAUUAAAUAUAAUGACAAUUAUAAUUGUAUGAAAGUUGUUAAAAACAAAAUAAAAAAAUUUCGUAUUACCACAGAAAUACCGGAAAAUAUUUCAUCCUCGUAUUUUGAGAACAGUUUUAAUAAAUUUAAAUUUACGGAGCUUUAUCUAACCAAACUAAAUAUAGUUAAUAUAAUACCAGGAGCCUUUAACAAAAUUGGCGAUAAUAUGAGUUCUUUAUAUUUGGAUAAUAAUAACAUACAAAUUAUAAGGGAGGGAGUAUUUAACUCCCUAACUGAUCUUAAAAUAUUAAGUUUAGAAAAUAACAAAAUUGAGUUGGUAGGGGAACAUGCAUUUUCCGGUUUAUCAAAUCUGGUACAUUUAAACUUAAAAAAUAAUUUAAUCAAGUAUUUACAUCAAAACUUGUUUUAUCCGUUAAAAAAUCUUUAUCUUUUGGAUAUUUCUGAGAAUUUAAUAAAUACCGAAAACUACUUCAAUUGUAAGUUUUCUAAUAUUUCAAAGUAUUAUAUUGGACAUAAUAAAAUAAAUCGUUUGAAUAAUGCAAUGUUUAAUAACGUUUUAACACUUAGUAGUUUGGAUCUAAGCUACAAUAAUAUAUCUGAUAUUGAACAUCAAACUUUUUUAAACCUCACAAAUUUAAUUGAUUUGAAUAUAAGUAAUAAUAAAUUAGUUAAACUAUCUGGAAGCUUACAUUAUUUAGUUAGUUUAACCAAACUAGACUUAUCUCACAAUCACCUGCACAAAAUUUCCAUUGGAUUCUUUGACCAUUUCAAUAACUUAAAAUCUUUAAAUUUAACUCACAACAGUAUUAUUUCUGUUUACGGAUUCACCGUAUUAAACGUUGAGUACUUAGGACUUGCUUAUAACAAAAUAAAAGAUUUUAACGAGAAAACUUUAAAAUCGUUUCCUCACUUAAAAACAAUAGCAUUGGACGAAAACGCAUGGAAUUGUAAAAUUCUAACUGGUGUAGUCCAAGAAUUACGUUCCAGAUUAAUUGUAAUUGAAAGAGGACAUGAACGUAAUGAAAGUAAUGUAUUUGGCAUAAAAUGCUCGGAAUCAGACAAUGCAAUAAUUGAAUCUAACGAUACAAAUAAAGAUAGUAAUUUUGUAAUUGAAAGAAUGUCCAAUGUGGUUCAAAAUCAACUUGUUUAUGUAUUAAAUUCAUCGAUGGCUCGAUUUUAUAACAAUAUCACCAUUAAACUAAAUGAAAUAUUAGCAAAUAAAACCACACCAAGUAUAAGUAACAUUUCCCCUGCCAACUUGGUUGCAAACAAUUCAAAAAAUUUGGAAACUACUCCAUUUAUAAGCAUUCUUAUUUUCAGAAUCUCAACUUCAGAUGGACGCAGUAAUGUUUGGGUUCAACCAACCAAAGAACGCAGUGAGCAACAGGUGAUCUUCACAGCCAAUAGUAUUGAUCUACUGUUGCGAGUGAACACGAUCUUUACCGGGUUGUCGCGAACUCGUCAACGUUCUGUGGUUCUUGUGCUUGGUGGCGUGGAAAAUGGCGAUUAUCGGUCUUUCAUGAUGCUUUUUUGUGUGCUAGCAGCUGUUGAAAACGUUUUUAAAAACUGUAUUUAG